AUGGUGGUAGAGGAAUGCAGGUUCAAGGGCAACUUGACCUGCAUACUUUUAUUAGAAUUGGUUAGAGACUUUGAGACAAAUUCUUGCCUCGAAGAUAAGGAGUUAGAAUACCAGAGUUUAGAUUCCAAGAGAUGGGUGAAGAUAUUAGAGUUUAAUGGAAAUGUUCUUGGGGUGAAGAAACUUUCAAGAAGGAUGUUUCAAGAUCAAUGGUUCAUUAAGAAGAAAGGUUUGAUCAUUAGCUGGGUCCGAGAGANNAUCCAAUCACUUGAUGNUUUGUUGAGGACGUGUAUCCUGGAUCAUUUGGGAGUCUGGGAUGAGGUGUUACCAUUGGUUGAGUUCACUUAUAACAACAGUUACCAAGCUAGCAUUGACAUGGCACCGUUUGAGGCCUUGUAUGGGAGGUGCUGCAGAACCCCUCUGUGUUGGUUUCAGGAGGGUGAAUCAUUAUUGACUGGGCUAGAACUUGUGCAGCAGACCACGAAGAAAUUGUCUCCCAAGUAUCUUGGUCCUUACCAGAUUCUACGGCGUAUCAGACCAGUAGCUUAUGAGGUUGUCAUGCCACCUCAGUUGGCUAAUCUUUACCCAGUAUUCCAUGUUUCCCAGCUGAGGAAAUAUGCACCUGACCCAUCCCAUGUGCUAGAGGUUGAAGACAUCCAACUGAGGGAAGACCUGUCCAUAGAAGUAUAA